AUGGAAGAAUUGCAAUCUACUUUGCCUCCUGAUAGGAAGCUAAAAGCGGGGCGGGAAUAUAUAUGGAACAGAAAAAGUAAGAGGAAAGCUGAGUAUUGGAAAUAUUACUUAGAGUACGUCGAGAAUGGAAAACUACGAGCUGAAUGUAAGUUUUGUCCUAAAACUUUUGCUGCUGAUGGUAAUCUUAAUGGUUCAAAAAAUUGUGGGAGUAGGAUUAUUAACUUGAAUGAUGUUAGAGAUGCAUUGAUUCACAUGAUUAUUGUUGAUGAGUUACCAUUUAAGCAUGUGGAAAAACCCGGUUUUAGGCACUUUGUGCAAGUUGCAUGUCCACAAUUUCACAUUCUAUCUCGUGUUACCAUUGCUCGUGAUUGUUUAAAGUUGUAUUAUAGUGAAAAAGAGAAAUUGAGAGAAAUGUUUAAGACAUGUCAAAGAAUUUCUGUGACCACUGAUACUUGGACUUCAAUACAAAGAAUUGAUUAUAUGUGUCUUACAGCUCAUUUUAUUGAUAAUGACUGGAAAUUGAAUAAAAAGAUCAUAAAUUUUUGUCCAAUUUCUAGUCAUAAAGGAGAGGCUAUUGGAAAAGCAGUUGAGGCAUGUUUAGAGUAUUGGGGUAUUGAUGAUAAACUUUUUACUGUCACUGUUGAUAAUGCUUCUUCAAAUGAUGUUGCUUGUGCACACUUGAGUAGAAUGGUUAGAAGAACAGGAUGUAUUAAUGAUGGAAAAAAUCUUGAUGUUAGAUGCAUAGCUCAUAUCAUUAAUUUAAUUGUGUGGGAUGGUAUUAGAGAACAUGGUGUGUGCAUUGAUAGAGUUAGAAAUGCUGUGAAAUAUGUUAAGAAUUCCCCUACAAGAAUACUUAGAUUCAAAGAUCUUGUGCAAAAAGCAAACAUAAAUUCAAAAUCUUCUUUAUCCUUUGAUGUCCCCACUCGUUGGAACUCCACAUACAUAAUGUUGGAAACGACUUUGAAGUUUCGACGUGUUUUUAGUGGGUUAUCUCUUCCUGAUGGAGAGGAUUUGAAUGACAAUGAAAGGCCUCCCGAACCCAAAGAUUGGGAAAAAGUGGAGAGCUAG